GCAAAACACACGAUUUCAAUAAACAUUUCUGUGGUAGUUUUGUUCUAAAUGGGUCGUUAUAAAUGUGCUUACGAGUGUGAACACUCCGACGAUACCGACGAGAAGUAUUUCAAGUUCCCACUGUGCAACGAGCGACGCCUGAAGAAAUGGCUCGCCAAUAUGAAGUGGAAGGACUGGACGCCUUCACGCUUUUCUGUGCUGUGUAGCAAACACUUUGAGGAGCAACACUUGGACCGAAGUGGCAAGUGUGUUCAGCUUCGGGAAGAUGCCGUGCCCACAAUAUUCCUUCCUCAAGACGAAGCCAGCAAAACCAAGACACCCAGCACUUCAAGAGUACGACAGAAAAAGCAAGUGAGCAGCAAAGCCUGGCAGACGAGUUCGGGCAUGCCCUCGAUGACCACGAGGCGUGACGAAGAAGAAUUUGUGAAUGCUGAAGUGGACGUGGACGUGAAUGUGGAGGUGCAGGAGGAGGCGGUCAGGUGGAGGAUCAUCAUGGACCCGACCUUUGUCAAGAUCGCGUCCUUGCCACAUUUCUUCCAUGGGGAUUACUGUGCCAAGCAGCAGGAUGUUCAGUGGGCACCCGACACAGAUGUGCUUACAACCUCCACCAAGGAGACGGAUGGCCUAAAUCCUGAAAAGGUGAUUGAGGUGACGGCGGCGUGGCAGUGGCUAGGUUUGGACGUACGGGGUCCUCUACCGCUGACGUACAACGGGCACAAAUACGUGGUGACAUUAAGCGACUACUACUCCAAGUGGGUGGAGGCAGCGGCCGUGCCGUUCUAUCUGCCCACGCAUGUCGCCAAGCACAUCGCUGAUGCCAUUGGUCACUUUGGCUUACCACUGCGGAUCCUGUCUAGGCUGCCCUGCGAAGUCAUCGGGCAGAUCAAUCAAGAACUUGCCAGACAGCUGACAACCAGUGUGGCACUCGUAAUUCAGCAUCCGCACACCGGCGCCAUUGAUCUGAACACACAGCAUAUGAUUGACAGCAUGGUGAGUGAUCUGGUGGAUGAGCAUGCAACCGACUGGGACAUCUUCCUUCCCGCCAAGGUGUUCACUUUAUGCUUCCAAGAACACUCUCACACCAAAGAAAGACCUUUUGCGCUCCUCUGCUGCCGCGAUUCUGAACUCGUCCACUCUCCACUCGAACUGCCCGACACAGAUGCACAGAUCCAAGAAAGUGCUUUCCUGGUGCAACAUGGAGCAUCAACCAUUACACAUAUUUGAGUUGUAUUUAUUAAUGCACAAAUAAUGCUCACUCUUAAAAAAAAUAAAAAUUUGUAUUUUGAAACAAG